ACCAUGUCCCUGCCCUCGGUGUACGGGGACAAACUGGCCGAGAAGCUGACGCUGCUCAACGAGCGCGGCCGGGGGGUCCUCGUGCGCCUCCACCACAUCAAAAAGGUNUGCUCGGACCCCCGCACUCGCCCGUCCUUCCUCGGGGACAAGGCCAUGGAGGCCUCGGCCAAAUUCAUCCAGAAGAAAUUCCCGCACCUGGACGUGCGGAGCAGCACCCAGCACCUGGGCCCGGUGCACAGGGACAAAGGUGACAUCGUGCGGGUGCUGGCACCGUUCUACCACACCUUCCAGGACCUGCUGGAGUUCCGGGACCACGUGUACGAGCUGCUCAACACCAUCGACGCCAGCCAGUGCUACUUCGACAUCCACAUCAACUACGACUUCACCAAGGGUUACCUGGACCUGGUUGUCACCUACGUGUCGCUGGUGCUGCUGCUGGCGCGCACCGAGGAGCGGCGGCUGCUGCUGGGGCUCUACCAGUGCGCGCACGAGAUGAGCCACGGCGCCAGCGAGCCCGGCUUCCCCCGCCUGGCGCAGAUGGUGCUGGAGUACGAGCACCCCCUCAAGAAGCUGCCCGAGGAGUUCGGGCCCCACACCAAGGCCGUGAGCAGCGCGCUGCUGUCCCUUCGGGCCCCGUUCUCGCGGCGCUGUCGCGACGCGGAGCAGUGGAGACGAGAGCAGCUCCUGAGCCUGCUGGGACCCGCGGGGGACCUGCUGAGCCCGGCCACGUGUGACAGCAUGGCCUGUGAGUACCUGUCCCUGGAGGUGAUGGAGCGCUGGAUCAUCCACAUCGCGGAGCUGCUGUUCCUGCUGGAGCAGCUGCGGGCUCUGCUCCGCCGCCACCUGCGCCCGCUCCGCCGCUACCACCGGCACUACCUGGCGCGCUUCGACGCGCUCGUGCUCAGUGACAUCAUCCAGGAGCUGUCGGUGUGUCCCGAGGAGGAGUCCGUGAUCCUCUCGUCCUUUGUCACUUCGCUCUCGGCUCUCUCGGCCAAGGAAGUUGAUGACAAGGAGCAGUUUGACUUCACCGCGCUGCGCCUGGACUGGUUCCGCCUCCAGGUGGUGGUGUUCUCCCAGCACUGCCCCUUCCUGAUGGGCCCCAUUGAGAGCCUGGCGGACGUGGUGACCCCGGACACGGACAUCCAGGUCACCCUGAGCAUCUUCGAGCUGGCCUCGGCCGCGGGGAUCCCGUGCGAGGUGGACCCGGCGCUGGUCACCGCCCUGGCCGGCAACAGGACAGAGGGCUCGUCCCCCGAGGAGGAUUACAAGGUGUCCUGUCUGCUGCUCGUCUUCGUGGCCGUGUCCCUGCCCCUGCUGGCCGCUGACCCCGCGUCCCUCUACAGCCCCGAGCUGGACGGUGAGGGCUGGCCUGGUGUCACUGUGUCACCGUGUCACUGUCACCGUGUCACUGUGUGUCACCGUGUCCCUGUGUCACUGGGUGUCCCCAGUCCCCAGGUGUGUCCCUAA